AAGCAGAUUGAAUCUACUAAUUUGGCCGUAAUACUAGCAAUUUUGGCAUACCUUGUAACGCUGGCGAAAGCGCAAUAUGGCUUCGGGGUGUUCGAUCAUUUCCGAAGUUUCGGGGGUGGACUGGGUGCAUCCUUGCAAUCCGCGAGGGAUCCUAGACAGAACACUGGACCAGUGGUAUUUCCACCAGCACCACCAGACAGUGGCGAAACCAGUGGUGUGGUCGUAGGUGCUUCCGGAUACGGCUUCGUUCCACCACAAAGUCCUCGACGAAGGCGAUAGUUUAAGUUUAGUCAAAAAAAAUUGAGAUGAGAGCGAUGGUCGCCUUACCAAUCGUUCUUCUCUUUCUUCUAAAGAAUACUUCUUGAACAUCCCUUUGUUGUGCUGAUUUAAUUUUUAUUCGGUGCGAUGGUAUUCAUUUAAAAAGUGGAUUAAAUCCAGCUGAAUAGAUUUUAAAAGCAAAGUCAAAUGAACAUCUAGUUUGUAUAUUUUGUAAAUAUAGACUAAAAAAAGAAUCUCUUUAUAUCAUAUACUUAAUAAUAAACGCUUCUUAAAAUAAUAAAUUAUGUCUAAAGUUAAUUUCUGAUUUUACUUUAAAAUAUUGGACAUUUAGUUUGUAUAAUGUACAUUUUAAGAAGCGUUGAAUUAAUUUAGUCAAUUAUAUUAUAUAUUCUUGUAAAAUAAUUAUUGUAUUUAUUGCAUUCGUCGAC